CUUGUGCUUUAUUUCCUUCUAAUCAAACUUUGUCCAUAACCUUAUAUACAUAAUAGACCGAUCAAGAAAACACAAAACAGAAACCAAACCAAAGAAUGAAGAAAGAGAAUCAAACAGUGAUCAUUGUUGGAGCAGGCCCUUCCGGUCUCUCUGUCGCAGCAUCCUUAACAAACCAAUCCAUUCCAUACAUAAUCCUCGAAAGAGAAAACUGUUUCGCAUCUCUAUGGAAAAAAUACUCAUACGACCGUCUUCAUCUUCACCUCAAGAAGCAAUUCUGCGAGCUUCCACACAAACCAUUCCCACCUUCUUAUCCAUCCUACAUUUCCAAGCAAAAGUUUCUGCAGUAUUUGGAAGACUAUGUAUCUUUCUUCAAGAUCAAUCCUGUUUAUCAUAGGACAGUGGUGAAUGCGGAGUUUGAUGAAGGUGGUGAGAAGUGGAAGGUGAGGGCUGUGAAUAAGGUUUCUGGUGAAGUUGAGGAGUAUGAUGGGAGGUUUUUGGUUGUGGCUAGUGGUGAAACGAGUGACCCUUUUGUGCCGGAGAUUGAAGGUUUGGAGAGAUUUGAAGGGAAAGUGAUGCAUUCGACAGGGUUUAAGAAUGGGAAAGAGUUUAAGGAUGAACAUGUUCUUGUUGUUGGGUCGGGGAAUUCUGGUAUGGAGAUUGCUUUGGAUCUUGUUAACCAUGGUGCUAAAACUUCAAUUGUUGUUCGAAGCCCGGUUCAUAUAUUGUCAAAGGGAAUGAUUAAUUUAGGGUUGUUUCUGAUGAAGUAUUUGUCAAUGGAGAUGGUGGAUUCAUUAAUGGUGAUGCUUAGUAAAAUAGUUUAUGGAGAUAUGACUAAUUAUGGGGUUGGUAGGCCUAAUGAGGGACCUUUUUACAUGAAAGUUAAAUACGGCAAGUAUCCAAUUAUUGAUGUUGGUACCUAUCAAAAAAUCAAAUCUAAAGAGUUAAAGGUGUUGCCAGGGGGAAUAGAAAACUUAAGUGGCAAGAAUGUGUUAUUCAAGAAUGGUGAAUUGCAUACUUUUGACUCUAUUAUUUUCUGCACUGGCUUCAAGAGAUCAACAAAUAAGUGGCUUAAGGGAGAUGAUUAUCUUUUGAGUGAUGAUGGUAUUCCGAAGCAAAGUUACCCUCUUCAUUGGAAGGGAAAGAAUGGUUUGUAUUGUGUUGGAUUGUCAAGGAGAGGUUUGUAUGGUGCUGCUCAAGAUGCUGAAAAUGUAGCUAAUGAUGUUAGAUUAUCCAUCAUGCAAAAACCAUACAUGUCAUGAUUGUCAUGACUCAUGAUCCUUGAUUAGCUUCCAAUUGGUGUUAGAGAUACUCGAGUAAUUAUUUGUUAAAUGCAUGAAAUGAGAUGAAUAAUUAUGUAUUAAAAGUAUGCUACAUUAUGUGAUUAAAAUGUGUUAGUCCCUUUAAUCACAUUUGGUAUAAUAAGUUGUGGGUUUGAAUUCACAAUUUUCUAGUAAUAUCUAGUGCAUUGGCAUUCUGAUA